AUGUGGAUCCAAGUUCGUACCAUAGACGGCACUGAGACCCAUACUAUUGAUGAUCUGAGCCGUCUCACCAAGAUUGAAUGUCUGCGGGAGAAGAUCCAGAAGACCUUCUGUGUGAGCCCCGACCGCCAGCGCCUCUUCUACCGGGGCAAGCAGCUGGAAGAUGGACACACUUUAUUUGACUACGAUGUUGGACUAAAUGACAUAGUUCAGCUUUUGAUACGCUCUGAAUCUGAAGCUCCUACCACUUCUGUGACAAAUCAGGGUGGAGAGGUCAAUCCCUGUGCUGUUUCCAACUGUAAAAACAAAGUCAAAAGAGCAGCAAGUAGCAGAUCACCGAAUCAGCCAUCUACAUCAGCUCACUUGUUUCUUAUAGAUCCUGGCAUUGGAUUGUACAAGAUAAACGAAUUGGUGGAUGCCCGUGAUGUCAGCAUUGGAGCCUGGUUUGAAGCUCAUAUAGAAAAUGUUACUCGAGCAACAAAAGGACAUAAGAAUGACUGCAUGGACACUGAUGAAGAAGCUAUUUAUCAUAUCAAGUAUGACGAGUAUCCAGAGAAUGGCAUAGUAGAAAUGGACACCAAAAAUCUUCGACCACGAGCAAGAACCAUUCUGAAGUGGAGUGAACUAAAAGUGGGUGAUGUGGUGAUGGUUAACUACAAUGUUGAGGCUCCAGAAGAAAGAGGAUUCUGGUUUGAUGCAGAAAUUACCUCUCUGAGAGAAAUUUCAAGGACUAACAAAGAGGUUCAUGCUAAAAUUCUGCUGGGAGGCCCAGAAGAUGCAAUAAAUGACUGCAGAAUCCUUUUUAUAGAGGAAAUGUACAAGAUUGAAAAGCCAGGAGCUUAUCCACUGACAUUUGGAGAUGGAGAUUUCAAAAGAAAGAGUGGCCCUGAAUGCAAGCACUGCAGGGCUGACCCAGAUAAGGAAUGUCGCUUUUGCUCCUGUUACUUGUGUGGUGGAAAACAGGAUGCUCACAUGCAACUCCUUUGUGAUGAAUGUAAUAUGGCUUAUCAUAUAUACUGCCUGAACCCUCCCUUAAGCAAGAUACCAGAAGAUGAGGAUUGGUAUUGUCCUUCAUGCAAAAAUGAUUCUAAUGAAGUCGUAAAAGCUGGAGAAAAACUCAAACAGAGUAAAAAGAAAGCAAAGAUGCCAUCUGCCAGUACUGAAAGCCAGAGAGACUGGGGCAAGGGCAUGGCUUGUGUUGGUCGCACUAAGGAAUGCACUAUUGUCCCUUCUAAUCAUUAUGGUCCUAUACCUGGUGUCCCUGUUGGGACAACCUGGAAAUUCAGAGUUCAG